AAUGCAUCUGAUAUGAGAUUUGAUGCUCCUCAACACUUCUGGAAUGAUUAUAGGAAAAAAGAACAAAAGUAUUGGAAGGAACAUAGUGUGCUCCCAAUUCACCUUGAAGUUGGAGUUUUGCUAAGGAAAGAGAUGGCAACUGGGAAUGAUUCAACAGUCCCCUCUGAAGCUGCCACUGAAGUUAUGAUGGAUGUGACAGGUACUCAUGUUGAGGGAAUAGGGAACAAUGAUGGUGUUGACUAUGAACCUAUUGAAGAAGAAGAAAGUGUUCAUUCCACUCCCAUUGGUAGUACCAGCCGUUUGCGAGGAAGACCUCGUGGGUCCGUCAAUAAUGGCAGAGAAAAGAGGAAGAAGGGUGUAGCUGAAAAGGUGGUAAGUCCAUUGAAACAGAUUGCUAACUCAAUCGAGAAGAUGGUAAUGAGUGAAUCUCAGUCUGAAUUUGGGAGAGCCAUUAUAGAUGUUGUUGAUGCCAUUCCAGACCUCAAUUUUCAACAAAAGUUUAAGGCCAAGGAAUAUUUCAUGGCCAAGCGGAAUUCUACCAUUAUCUUCUUGGGAACAAAAGUAGAAGAUAGGCGAAAUCUGCUUGAGAUGUACUAGCCAGAGAUUGAGAAGAAUUGAGGUGAUAAAAGUAAGUGUUUGGAUGGAUAUCCGACAAUGGUUUUAUUGAGCAAGAAAAUGUAUCUGUUUGGUUUAAGUAACUUUUUGGUUUAUGUUAAGUCUGUGACAAUGGAUUAAAUGUAGUAUUAAGACAGGUUAAGACAAUGGUACUUCAUAUGUUUCUAUCUGAAUGAUUUCAAGGUUUAAAUAUGGACAACAUCAUUCUUAUU